UUCAUGUACUCCGCGUGAUGGCCGAGUCAGUUAGUCGUAUGUCACCGGGACCGACCACGAAAUUGUGGUGCGACGCGCCGCUGACGAUUCCUGGAAACGCAGAGCUGCAAGCCAGCGGACGAAGCAAAGCCCCCGUUGCCUUCUUAACACCUGUCUUAGUUGUGAAGCAUCCAAUUAAGUUGGGCGAGCCGUACCAGCACUUCCUUCUUCUUGUUCGCCUUUUGUCACCUACCGUUCCAUCUCCACUUUCCCUGCCCUCCCCGCCAUUAACUGCAGCUCAUCGGGUCCUUCUAUAAAUCAGAAUGGUGCGCCAUUGAUUUCAAUGACGCAACACACACUAAAGCUAGAUCUGGUUUCCCCGUGAUUGCAGCAUCUCUCUCUCUCUCUCUCUCUUUCUGUGUCUAUCUGUCUGUCUGUCUGUCUGUCAGAUUUAUAGUCUUUGUUGUUUGUAAUAGAAACCGAGACCAUAAUAGGAUAGCUUUUAGCUCUUGGAUUCGUUUCUUGAGCAGAAGGAUUUCUCGGGUCCUUCAGAAAGUCCAAACACACGCCACACACAAAUAAGAACUCACAGCAACUCACGGUGCUUCAACAGAAAUCGUAGGUCUCCCAGAUGCAUACGGAAGUCCUCGUCCACGGCUUGCUUCUGUGGACACUUUUGGCUUCUCGAGAUAGCAGAGCUCACGGUGACACAGGUUUCGUGCGGACCAACAUGACUCAUUUCCUCGUGAACCGCCGCCCGUUCAGCUUGAACGGAUUCAAUGCUUACUGGUUGAUGUACGUGGCGUCGUUCCCGGAGGAGGGACGGAGCAUGGUUUCUUCUGCGUUCCAGGAGGCUUCUACCCAUGGGCUCACACUGGCCAGGACUUGGGCUUUCCGGGACGGUGGAUACAAACCCCUGCAGCGUUCUCCCGGCGUCUACGACGAGGACAUGUUCCAGGGUUUGGAUUUCGUGAUUUCGGAGGCCAAGAAGUAUGGGAUCUAUCUGGUACUGAGUUUGGUCAACAACUUUGAGAGCUUUGGGGGUAGAACGCAGUAUAUCCAGUGGGCGAGAGACGAGGGGGGUCACCUCAGCUCUGACGAUGACUUCUACAGAGACGAAGUCGUCAAGAGUUACUACAAGAAUCAUGUCAGGGCAAUACUAACCAGAGUUAACACCAUAACCGGAGUAGCCUAUAAGGACGAGGCCGCCAUUUUUGCAUGGGAACUCGUCAACGAGCCGCGCUGCGAAACCGAUCUCUCUGGCCGGACAUUGCAGGCUUGGAUCGAGGAGAUGGCUGCUCAUGUGAAGUCCAUCGACAGCAACCAUUUGCUGGAAGUCGGGCUCGAAGGGUUCUACGGGGAGACGAUUCCCGAGAGGAAAAAGAUCAACCUUGGUUACGAAAUGGGUACCGACUUCAUAAGCAAUAAUCAAGUCCAAGGAGUUGACUUUGCCACCAUCCACGCCUACCCUGAUAUGUGGAUGCCGGGAUCAACCGAGCAGACGCAGUUGGCUUUCCUCCAGUCUUGGAUUCAGUCGCACGUCGAGGACGCCGACGCGGUUCUGCGAAAGCCGCUGCUGAUAUCGGAGUUCGGCAAGUCCUCGAGGCUGUCGAACCGCACGGGGGACGUUAAGGCCGCCUUGUACACCACCGUGUACGACGCGAUCUACGCGUCGGCCCGCGGCGGAGGCGCCUGCCGAGGCGGGAUCUUCUGGAACCUGUUGUUGGGCGUGCAGGAAAUGGAGGGGCUAAGAGAUGGCUACGAAGUCAUCUUCUCCGAGAGCCCUUCUCUGGGGCAGAUCAUCUCGAAUCAGUCCCACCGCAUCUCCAACCUCAACGGUGGCAGCGAGACCGAGAAGAAACUGAGACCUGCACUGCCCAGUGGCAAUCAGUGGUCUAUAUCGAAGAGAGAUCGUCUUCUUGUUUCAUCCAGUCGAAUUCUUUUGUUCUUAUUCCACUUCCUAUUAAUUUGAAUUUUAUAUUGCACGAAUGUGCACGUCACACAUUGUUUGUACUUUGUAUUUAGUUAAUACAAGAUUCUAAUGCUGGAUUUGUUUAA